AUGCACGGAGGAAAUCGACUUGUGGAAUGUACAGUGAAGCGGAAGUUCUGGAUCAUUAAUGUGAAGAAUUGUAUAAAAAAGAUUCUAAAAUCUUGUCCGGUGUGUAUCCGCUACAAACAACAGAAUAAGCAGCAGCUGAUGGGCAUACUACCUGAAUAUCGGGUCAAAGUGGCAUUUCCAUUUUACCAUUGCGGAGUAGAUUAUGCCGGCCCUGCAUCCAUGAAGUUCUCUAAUGGUAGAGAACAAAAGUCGUUUAAAGGAUACAUAGCUGUAUUUAUUUGCAUGACGACAAGGGCCAUUCAUUUGGAAGCAGUUAGCGGUCUCACUACAGAUGCUUUUAUGGCCGCACUCAAGCGGUUCUUUGCAAGAAGAGGGAAAAGUGGCCAUAUCUAUUCAGACAAUGGCACCAACUUUGUUGGGGCCGCCGGCGCUAUGGAGAAGGAGUUUGCUCGGGUAAUAAAGCAAAAUGCCAAUUUAGCAGAAGUUUUGGAACAUCAGCUGGUUAAGUGGCAUUUUAUUCCGCCGGGAAGUCCUCACUUCGGAGGAUUAUGGGAGGCCGCAGUUAAAUCCAUGAAAUUCCACUUAAAAAGGGUCAUUGGAGAAAACAAGAUGACGUUUGAGGAAAUGAGCACGCUUCUGGCUCAGAUAGAGGCGAUUUUAAAUUCCAGACCCAUGUGCGACAUCAGUAACGGCGAUGAGAGUCUGGACGUUCUUACUCCUGUUCAUUUCUUAAUUGGCCGACCAAUGAUAGAUGCUCCAGAAUUUGUAAACGACGCAGCGAUCGGCUGCCUAGAAAGAUGGAAAUUGGUGCAGAAAAUGAGAAAACAUUUUUGGAACAAUUGGACAAACGACUAUUUGACCAAUUUACACCUGAGGUACAAAUGGAAGACAGCAAGUCAAAAUCUAUAA